GAAUAUAAUAUUUAAAAUAAAUAGUUUGAAAAUUAUGAAGGUUGGAUUUACCUUGCUAUUCCUAGCAUUGUUCUCUUUGGCAGUACUUGCUGAUGACCCACCCCCAACAGAAGGAUUCGAGCACGCUAAGGGAGAAGAUGUCCUUGUCAAACUUCAAGGAGAAAACAAAGAUAUGUACAUUAUUUCCUUCUUCCAGCCAGGAGAUAAUUACUUAGAGGUCAGAGACAAAAUUAAAGAAGCCAUGACUAAAGAUUUACCAGAUGAGCAAUACCAAUACGGUGAGGUAAACCUUGCUUCAGGAUAUGAAUACCAAAAAUUAUUCGAAACCCUCGGACUUGAAGGAGAACCAAAGAGAGGAAAGACUACUCCACAAGUAUUGAUCAUGAAAGAAUCUGAAGGAUACGUCCUCCAUGGCUCAGACAUUGGUAAUGGAAUUACCAAGAAGUAUAUGGAGGUCAAAGAUGGAAAAGUGUUCAAAUAAGUUCCCAAAUCUAACUGUAUUUCCUCCUAAACCUUAGUUGUUG